UUGAACGGUUUUUAUUAAAUCUUACAAUUCGCCAGAAAUUUAAUUUUUUGCAUAUUCAUUCAAAUGUAAUUUUAUAUAUUACUUUCUUUUUGCUUUAUAUUUUGUGUUCUUAGAAUGGAAAUAGUCCUUUUAUUGUCUAAUGCGCUUACUAAGUAUGUGAUGCCUGUGAAUCUAUUGUUUUGCAAUGAAAUCUAAAGUACUUUAAUUUGAUAUGGAAGAAGUGAGGCAAUUGGUGCAGGAGGAAGGUAGGGAGGCAAGAAACUUAGUGGCGUAUCACGUUACCGUGGAAACCCCAGCUUCCAAGUUAUCUCGUAAGCCUCCCCGUGCAAUUCCACCACCGCCAAGACCACCAGUUCGAACCACACGACUCCGGUCAGCAUCUGCAGGCCGAGAUAAACGAUCGGAGCUCCGUGCACGUUACUGGGCAUUGCUAUUUGGUGAUUUGCAAAGAGCUAUUGGUGAAAUAUACAACACUGUUCAAGCAAAUGAAAAUCUCAAUGAGUGCCAAGAAGUGAUACUUGUUCUAGAGAACUACACACGCGAUUUCAAGGCUUUGGCCGAGUGGUUUAGAGUAAAGUGGGAUUAUGAUAACACCCCUCCUCCACAAAGACCACAGAGCCUAGCAUGGGAGAUUAGAAAGACUGAUUUUGUUAAGCCAGAACCAAAACGCGCAUAUUCUGUUAAAAGUUCACCUACAGUGUCAGGCAAAAACAGCCCAUCAUUCUCUGGAUAUAAUACACCUAGUGGAAAAAACAGCCCGAAUCCAACUGGAAAAGUGAGUCCAGGAAGUGGAAAAAUAAGCCCUAGGGUUGCUUCAGGCCAUUCAAGUACCAGUCCUAAGGCAAAUAUUGAGUUCUUUAGCAACAAAAUCAAUACUUCUAAAAUUACUGCUAAACCUGAGCCAAAAAUUGCAAAAGAACUAUCUAGACUUUCAGAUAUCAAGGAAAAAGAUAUUAAAGAAAUAUGCGAGGAUUCUAAAGUAUAUGAAAAAAAGGAUGAUAUUGAUACAUUAAAACCGAAAGUGGUUGAAAUAGGACAUGCCAAACUUAGUCCUUGUGCAUCUCCAAAGUUGGUGGUAAUUAAGGCACCAAAAUCCUUGACAAAAAAGGAGAAUAAAGUUGAAGAUAUGUCAAACUAUGCUCAGUCAACUGUUGACAAACUUAAUGUCAUGGAAAAUGAGUUCUUAAAAAAACAAAUUUUGGAAAAUAAAGCAAAAAAUGAUAAUAUGAUCAACAAUGGCAUAGAGUCCGAUAAGCCGAUUAAUAAUUGUGAUUCUGUUGAAAAGGGUUGCUCGGAUUUGAAAGUAAAAAACAAUAGCGAGUUAGUUAUUGUCACUGCUGAUAAACCAGCCAUUGGUGAUAUUAAAAGUGCUAUUGAGAAUCAAAAAACAGCUGAUACCACUGAGAAAGAACGGAGCACAGAGACUUCUAUAAUUGAAAAACAAUUUGAAGGAGAGGAAACGAAUGAGCUAGAAUUAUUGCACAAACAAGUGUUUAUUGAAAAAAAUGACUUAAUUUUGAAUGUACCGAAGAACAGUCAAAUUUUUGAAAAUCAAGGUGAGGUCACAUAUGCUACUUGUCAAAAAGAUUUUAUAGUCAACAAAAAUAAUUCAGACGGGGUAGUAGAGGAAGAGGUUGAAAAAACAACUAGCUGUACAUACGAGCCGGAGAAAAUCUUCAAAAAGGACACAGACAUGAAAAAAAGCGAGGCUAAGUUUUCCAAGCCAGCAUACUCUCAAGCAGCUGCUAAGCCUAAAGCAACAAACCAAUCAGAAAAAACAAUCAAAGCUGAAACAAAACAGCCAAUAAAAUUAGCUAGAAGCUCAACAGUUGUAGAACUACGUCCACCAACAGUCAAAACUCAGAGGCCUUUCCAAAAAAGAGCUCAAACAAAUAAAUGCAGUUAUCCAUUUAAUUUGACCACCGGAAGAACCAGUCUUUUCGAUACAGUUCCAUCUACUUCAAUCAACAGAGGACAAAUUGUAACAAAGAAAACGUCAAUUAGAACUAACCACAUGGGAUCGGGUGACGCCAAAUCGGGAAACAGAUUAAACCUUAGAACUCGACCACGGCCUUCCUCUAUAAGACUUAAUGAAAAAGGUGAUAAACGUGAAAACGUAAGUGUUUUCAUUGAAAAAUCGGUCGAAAACACUAUUGCAAUCGAUAUGGCUAGAAAUGAAUCGAAUGAAAGUAUUAAAACACUUGUUCCAGAAGAUUUGCAGGCAACACAAGAUAUCAACUCUUCAGGAGUUAAUAUGUACAGUAAAAAUGAUAACGAUGGUUGGUUAACAGUGAAAUCAAAGCGAGAAUCUAAAAAGCAAUCCAAAAGCCACUGGACUAAUCGCUUUCGUCAACCGACAGCUACGGCAAGUCUUCCAACAUUAAACAUGUUAGAAUCUCCCAAAGAAGAAAACCCCAUAUCGAUUGAUGUUAAAGACAACUGUGACCGUGCUAAAUCCGAACAACCACGAAAGGUUGAAAAAGAAAAAAAGGCUGAGAAGGCUAUAAAAUCUAGCAAGAAAUCUGAAAAAAGAGAUCCUACUAUGAGGCGACAAAAAUCUGAUAUUACUGGACUGAAAACGCGCUCAUCAAAAAACAAAGUGCUGACGAAAAAGGCUGAAAAAGCAAAAAGCGUCUCAAAAGAAAAAAAUCGCUUGCAUUCCUCUCUGGAAAGCCUUACAAUGGGCUUAACACGAUCUGAAGAAAGUGUACACCAAGAGUUUGAUUUUGAUAAAUGGAAAGCUGAAUUUAAAUCAACAUUUAAUUUUUUGGAAGAAGACGAUCAUAUCUCUGAUCACAAUGAAAUAUUAAAGACAGCUGAUCCAUCCGAAAUGUCGGAAAUCGCGGAAAUGACGUCGCAAAUUGAGGAAAAUGAACGGAAGAUUAGUCUGGCCUUGGAUUUUCAGUCGGAAGUCGACCAGCGGAAGCUUUGCGAAGAAGAAGAUCUUUUGAACAGGCAAAUCAUGGAGCUGCAACAGGUGUCUGACAUCGAUCUUGACACGGAAACUGAUGAUACGGAGACUGAUGCAGAAAUCCCCUUAGAAGAACCGGCUUCCACCCCAGUGCCAAUGCCAGAAGGCCUGGGGUCUCUUACGGCCAGUCUAGAGGACCAGUACGAAACGGCCUUAGCUGGGAUGUCCUGGGCCGAAAGAGUCGAUACACUUGUGGUGUUGGAAGCCCUCGUGGCUCGGGAUCCUGGCAGAGCUCAGCAACUGCACGCUAAACUUUCUCAAGGCAUAAAACGACGAGGGAGUCUACAAGAUGCUUUAAGAAGAUUACAGGCAAAACAAGCUCGAGCGGAAAGACAGCGCAUGUCGUAUCAAACGGAGAGGGCUAAACGCAUUCAUCAGCUAUUGGCCAGGGUGGAGGAAGUUAAGCUCGCCAAGAACCAGUUGAUAGAAGAAAAGAAGUUGAGAAUGGAGCGCCGUCUGCAAAAGGCCGCUGAAAACCGUGAUCAGCACUUAAAGGAUAUAGUUCGCAAAGCCCACGACGAAGAGGAGAAACUGCGUGAGAUCGCGUUCAUUAAACAAUUAGAAGCGGAGAAUCGAAGGCACGAAUUCCUGGAUCAGUGCAAGUCGUUAACCACUCGACUUCGGCAAAUGAGACGAGACCGACUUACUAAACUUGAACAAAAAGCAGCUCGCGAAGCAGCUGUAGGAGCCCGGAGACAAGCCUUAGAAGCGGCUAGAAAACUUCAAAUGGAGACCUUAUUAGAGAAGAGGAAAGAGAGAGAUGCAAGAUUAGAAGAGAUGAAGGAGCAAAAGAAACAGGAGAGGGACGAUGCGGCGAGGGAGAAGGCAGAAGCAGUAAAAUCUCGAUUAUCAGCCCUCGCGGAAGCAGCAGAAUUGGAAGCUGACGCUCUCAGGUCUCGGAUCCGAGACAAGCAGGACGCAAGUCAAUUACGACACACGUCUCACUUGCAGGCUAUAAGGGAGAAGGCCACCGGACCAAGGCAACCGACGACAUCCGAAAGUCACGACAAAGAUUCCCUUGAUGAAGCUGAAAAAGAAGAGUUGGAGAAGAAAGAGAAAGAUAGGCUGAAGUUUGCUAAGAAGAAAGCUAGGAAGAUGAAACAAAAACUUCUCGCCAACGGUGCAACUAAAACAAUAUUCGACACUUAUUCUGUAAACCCAAUAGAAAAAUUAUUGACUCCGCCGUCUAUUAUAAAGACCAACAAACUUGUCUGUCAAUUAAAUAGUAUCCUACAAAAUAUAACGAAUAAUAUUCAUAACGAUAACAACGCGGAACCUAAAAAGAAAGCUAAAAAUAAAAAUGGCAAGAAUAUAGACGAUAAUGAAAAUAAUAACAAAAACGUAACAACAGAUGUUAAAACUAUAGAGAUAGUGAAUAAUGAAUUGAAUGGUAUUAUUGCAACAAAUAAUAAUAACGACGAUAAAUUCGAUAUUCCUAACGGUCCUGGGAAAAACAAAAAGAAAAAGAAAAAAUCAGAGAACGUAGAGAAACUACCGAACGGCGUCGAAACAAAUAAAAAGAAAAAUCUUAAUAAAAAAGAGGCAGACUCGGAAUCGUCUUCCAGCAGACGAAAGAAGAAGAAGAACAAGGAUGUAUUAACGGAGUUUGAUUUCGACUUAGAAGAUGAUAAUAAGAAGAGAAGGAAACGCAAUAGAAAUAGUGAAAUGGCGAAUCUCUUGAACGACAUCAAUAAAUGUAGAGCCCGCAAAGAUAAUAUCUUUGUGGAUGGACCCGGUAUCGAGAAAAUAUUAAACGAAUUAAAUAGAAGCGUAGAGAGAUUGGAGCCGGAUACGUCAGAAAAUGCAGCUCUGCACAGAUACUUGGCCAUCAAAGCCACGUACGAACUGCUAGGACUUGUCGCUGAAAGAGAAGAUAUCGCUGCCUCUAUCUCUACCAAGUGUGUCACAGUGGGUGUGACCUUGAUAUCUCGGACGCUGAGCUCUUGUCCGGUCAUGGGUUCGCAACUCGCUAGCACAAAUAUGACUGUACAUCUAAUCACACUGUUGGAACAAGUUGACAGAGAAGGCAUGUCACAGUCAAAGCGAACGGAACUAACUCGGCUGUUAGCUGAUAGCCUGUCCGUUGCCUUCGAUUCUGUGCUCUGCAUGUCCAGGAUUUACGAGGAUUCCCCGAAAAACAACGAUGCUGAAAGCCUUUGCCACUUCAGGAGCCGGACGCACCAGUAUAUCACCUACCUAUGUCUCAGUGGGUGCCUAGACCGAGCUGAUAUGUCAGUAGAGGCUCGCGAGAGUAUUCAAACAUUGCUGACCGUUUGCGCUGACGUGUCACAUCCAAGCUCUGUCGAUACUGGCAACGACCGAGCUACAGCCAGACAAGCCUUGAAAAUUGCUCUCGGCACAGGCAUAUGUGGUUCCAGAGCCGAAUUCUGCGUUUUAUUCGCGAAGGGUGCGUCCCUGGAGCAAUGUGGGGGCUUCGUUCGAGCGGCUCGAACUGCUCAUCUGUUACGGGCAUUGGCCGAAAUGGACCAUUCAAUAGUUCAAGAAGCCUUCGGUCAAGGCGGUUGGCCGAUAGAGUUCCGGGCAGCAGUGGCAAGACUUCUGUCCCAACAUGCACCUAACGACAAAGAGGCUCCAAGAAAGACAACAUUACGUUUAAGCAGCGAAAAACUGGAGCAGAGCCUCUCAGAGACCAUGGUUCUUGACCUGAUUGUUCUCGUUGGAUUUGUUGUUGUCAACAAUCCUCAACUUCAGGAGGCAAUCUGCGAAGGAUGGAGCGUAGUAAAAACACUGUGCACCUUGCCGGCCAAUUGGCUGGUUUCGCGGACUCGCAGUCGCGCCUUGCUACCAACUCUUUGUGCGUUGGCUGAUUAUCCUGCCUGCGCUGCUGCUAUAUCAUCUGAAUUGAGUAUGACGAUGCUAGAAGAAUUCCUGAACAGUCCCGAGUCGCAAAAUCUUAAACUCGUUCAAGUGAUCAAACUUGGAAGGGCCAAGAAACACGGCAAGAAAUAGAUCGUCAGUUGCAACAAAGGAUUUAGUUAAAGAUCUUCAAAUGUAAUUAUUUACUAUGGUUAAGACAUGCAUUACUAUUACAUAUUUCAACUAAGAUAAUAUAACUUCACUUAUAAUAUUGAUGUCACCAUACUAUUCAUGCGAAAAUAAGUUUAUAUGUCCUUCACGUUGCAACGGUUGAAAUCCACGUAUUUUUGCAUUGCUAGUAGGAGUCGAAAAGUGUGUCUCUUUGCUAUAACAAUUCUCAAUCUUUGAAUGCGAAUAACAUUAAGUUUAAGCUCAUGGAUCCACAAAUUGCGGAUAAAAGCAAGAUGAAGUUGAAUUCUCCUGGAUUUUCAGAAAAUCUUGAAAAUGCAAUGGAUGAAUAUAAUAUGAUCUGUCUAAAAUAAACAAAAAAUAUUGUGUUAAUAGUAGUUAAAGAUCUUAAAACUUAACAACUUAAUAAGGUCAAACACGAAAAUAGUUAUUCUAUUACGUUCUUGCAGUUAUAUUUGUUUAUUAUUAUAGUUAUUAUUGUUUCUUCAAUUGGAUGUUUUGCAAUUAACUAGUCUGCGUCCUUCGUGACUUAAAAUGUAUAUUUAUUUUAUUUAUGUUUUAUGUAAAUAAUUCGUUACUUAUUUUACUUUAUUUUUACAUUUAAAUUGUUGAUUAAGCUGAUCCCAACUUAUUGAUCGGCUUUUUAUUUUCACUUAAAUUUAGAUGUAAUAAAAUUGUCUAAAUGUAUAACGAAAACCUCGUAACUACAACUGCAUAAAAAUCUAUUUUUCAAAAAUUUACUUCAGACCGAUGUUCCAUAAAUUUUAUAUUUUAUAACUGUGUACUGAAUCCUUCCUCUUUUAUUCGGAAAUAUAUUCUAUUGUAACGGGGUUUCCGUUAUAUAUUAUUGUCUUUAGGCCCCAGUCUGCGAUUUGCAAUGACCAGUAUGCUGUUUUCACCUUUCGUGUUGAUUUAAUUGAAAAUCUAUCCAGUACUAAAUUUCUUCUUUAAUACUGAAGGCCGUGUUGGUGUUGCAUAUCUUAUUCCCCCUUUAAUACCAGGGGAGGGGAGAAGUAAAAUUUUUAGCAUAAUGCUUUGAAAUUAUGAAAAAUACUAAAAUAAAAAGAAUGACGGCGAUACCCUUUUACUUGAGCUGUAAGUCCACCACGACUAGCGGCUCUUAUAAAACAUAAGAGAAAUCCUGCGUCUGCACACACAAGACGAAGGCGAAGAAGUCAUACUCAUAAGACAUCGUACGUCAUAUACUGAUACCUCUACAAAAUUAACAAUUAAUUGUGGCAUCCAAAAUAAAAAUCAACCGACUCUCUUUUGAAUCAAUAUACGUAGUGAAAACGCAGACUGGGGUUCAUGUUAGGAGUAUCUGCCGUGUCGAUGUUACUACUGUAGUGAUUGUGAAUCUGUACACUUUUUGAUGUCGCUAUACAUAUUUUUCUAUGGAUGUAGCGUUAUAUAACCUCUAUAUUCGUAAACCUGUUGAAUGUGACAUCCGUUUAGAUUCUUCGUAUAUUUUCUGAAUUGUACUGUCUUAAAUCUUGGCAGGUUUGAGUCUUGCGUAAAUACUAAAUCAAUUCAAUUACACUGUUACAUUGUUACACCCCUGCUACACGUCUCUUUUUUUUAUUGUUUUCCCGCUUUGAUGAAAAAGCCGGCAACACACAUCACGGUAUCGCUUAACAUCGGUUGAGCCGCCUGCCCAUUUGCCCCGUGUGCAAUAAAAAAGGAGAAGUAUGAUUUAGUUUUUAUGAAUCAAGCGUCAUCACUGAUUAAUAGUUGCUGGUUUGGUUAAAAAAGGUAUGCGUUUAUAAUUGAAUUUUGAAGAUACUUAUUUAUUGUAACUGCAUUUAAAACAUUUCGCUCCGACAGCAAGAUUUAAGACGUUUGCACAAUUAUAAACUAAUUGAUGUCUAGCGAUUGCUUUUUCCACUUUUGUUUUUCCUUAUGGCUGAAGUUUUGAGAGGGUAAAAUGUAAGUGUAGGAUUUAAUGAAUAAAAUUUAAAACAAAAUAAAUAAUUUUAAUGGAUUUAAUAGUUAAAAAUAUUAAAUCACAAUCAUGUUGAGUUUGACUUUUAAUAUAUGAGUUGAGAGUUGUUUAUUACGGGUUUAAAUGUACUUUUACAUGCGCUAUUAAUUGAAAUGUAGACUAUUAAGUCCAUAAAAAUCAACGGAUUCAUGGAUUAAGAAAUUUGAAAGUAGGUGUGCUAAAAGUGUGCCUUGAAGGACACCAGUAACAAGAUGCAUGUUUAAAAUUAACAUUAAAGUUAAUACAGGUAUGCUGUGAUAAGAUUCGUCUUUAUAAUAUUCGGCCAAGGUAAAAUAUUUAUAGUAAAAUUAAAAUUGGAUGUAGGUUUUUCGGAUUUGAUGUUGUACUCGGCCAAAUGCUGUUAUCUGAUCUUUUGCUAUUUUUAUAACUUUCUUUUGUGAUGUAUGCCAAUUUAAACUACACUGUGAUUUAUAUUUAUUGGUUUUGUAACUGCCGAAAUAUUGGAACAAUUUCAUUAGGUCUGUAACUUUUGAUUUUAAAAUCCUAGCCUCUUCAACAAGAUCUCGUUGGCAGCUUUUCAUAAGUGACAGACCUCAUAUUGUUGGACCAUACUAUAUUUUUAUGUUUAGUGAUAGUUAUGGCGGAUUCGUCAAAUGUAUUCAAUCUGUGAUUAUUUUUCGUUUAGCGUAAUGUCUGUCGCGUGUAACAAUUCCUUGUCUAAUUUAUGUAAGUAAAUAAAUAU